ACCUUUAGCAGCACAGCUUGGCACAGCUAAUCAUGUCUGGGGACACAAGCGGCAGCAACCUGUGCUCUGUGGAUUUCGAGAUAUAUGGACAUGUUCAGGGGGUCUGUUUUCGUAUGUGAUCUCGACCCCUAGUUCCUGUCACCACCACUGAACAGUCUGAAUGGCUCUGUACACAUCUCAACAGUUUAAAGGCACAAUUUGUAAGAUUUAAUGGCAUCUACUGAGCUACAGCGCCAUCCAAUUGAAGCUGCCUCUUCAACAUAAAAAACCAAAAGGCGCCCUCUAGAGUCAGUGUUUGGUUUGUCCGUUCUGGACCACUGUAGAAACAUGACAACACAACAUAGCAGCCUCUGUUGGAAGAAACCCGCUUCCUAUUACACAGAGAGAGAGGGACUCACCCUGGGUUUGGUGGGCUGGGUGAAGAACACUAACAGGGGGACAGUGGUGGGGCAGGUGCAGGGACCCCGUCAGCAGGUCAAAGAGAUGAAGGUGUGGCUGAGCAAGGAGGGAAGCCCCAGCAGCCGCAUCACCCGAGCCGUUUUCAAAAAUGAGAGGGACAUCUCCAAGCUGGAGCUCUCCGGCUUCUCCACCCGAUUCUGACGCACAAGAGAACCACGCGAAUGCUUCUGCUUCGUCGCCGCAACCACCAUCUUCCACAAAGUGAACUUGUUAUUGCCACUCCCACCACAGACAAUCCACCAUUUCUGUAAUUACAGCGUUUCCAUAAUUUAGGGUGCCCAAAAUGAAUAUAUGACAAUUAUGUUUUAAUUAUACUUGUAGCUUUGACCAUUUUGUAUGAAUAAUAAUUUAAAAAAUCUACUUGUUCUAUUGACUCUAAUGAUGUGACCAUUUCAUGAUCAAGCAUAAAGCAUAUUUGUUUCCUAACAAAUAUUCUAUGAAAGUAGCCAUAUAUGUGCUUAUAAGCCACAUGAUGGUUUACAGUGAAAUGAUCAGAUGUCUAAUGCAACGUGAGGAUGUUAGACUGAUGUUGUCACAAUAAUAAAUGGCAUAUUCUCUCUA